GCCGCCAUAUUUGGAUGGACAACCAUUAGUUCGCGUUCGGGGCAACCUAAGAAACGCCGAAUUCUGAAAUAUUUAAGCGUCGUAUGCAAUAUUGAUUCUGGUGCUAGGUAUUGCGUCAUAUAGAAUCGUCAUUUAAAGCUAGUUGUAAGCAAUGGAUCCCUCGGAUAGCACAACAUCCUCGCUGGGGACAACUGGGGAUACAGGCCACCUCUUGCAAGAGCUAAUAAACUUGCAAAAAUCACACGUUAUGUCUUCUGGGAAUGUGACAGGAUCAUUGCCAAUACGUGAAAGUAUGGAUCCAGGUAACUCGGGAGAUGGAACCACAGGAAACCCUACCCUGACGGAGCUGAUGAAGACCAUAUAUGAUAGUCCUGCUCCUCGCCAGUUAAUAACACUACAAGGCUCUGAUACAGUGAACAGCUUCAGUGUGUACGGAAGAGAGGUAGAUAUCAUGGCCAGCAAGGGAAGCAGUGGUAUUAUAUCUAGUACAGGAGUGAUGUCACAGACCACGACGGGCAGUAAUAAGGUAAAGAUAACUCCGGUGGUGAAGUAUGAUUGGGAACAACUCCACUACAUAGGAAACCUAGUGGCAAUACACAAGAACAGUUUACAUGCAGCGUAUACACUCAGAGGUAAAUCUGGCGGCAUUGUGCGGAUCAUAAAUCGACGUACAGCCGAACGGGUCCUGUUGAAGGAUUUUACAGGCAAGGUUAUAGACAUAGCCUUCGCCCACACAGACGAUGUCAUUUUUGGUGCCGUGGAUGAGGUCGGCAAUCUCUUCGUAUACAGUGUCAAGGAAAACGACUUUGAUAAGCUUAUAACUAAUCUGGUUCUUCAUGUCCUUCGUGAUAAAGACACACCGCGGACUGAGUAUCAUCGCCUGAUCUGGUGUCCGUUCAUCCCUGAUGACUCCGACGACAGCAGUGUAACUGAAUCGUCCACACAAGAUGCCUCGAGAGUGCUUGUUCUUACCCACAAGGAAAAGGCAGAGAUCUGGAAUGUGGAUCUUGUAACCAAGGAAUAUUCAAGUGGUCCACUGUUGGCCGAAGAUGUGGAGUUUGGCCUUAUACAAAUAGACAGUCACAAACAGCCUAUCAUGGACGCUGCAUUUUCACCAGAUGGUACUGCACUGGCCACAGCUAGUUUGGACGGAGAAGUCAAGUUCUUCCAGGUCAAUAUGGGCGAAAACACAUCACCAAGGUGUCUACACCAGUGGAAACCACACGACGGUAAACCCCUCUCUAGUUUGUUCUUCCUCGACGACCAUAAGUACUUCAGUGCCGAUGCCCAGUUCUGGAAGUUUGCUGUGACAGGAGCUAUGAAUAAUCAAGAACUAAAGAUCUGGACGUGUGAAUCGUGGACAUGUCUACAGACGAUCAGAUUUUCUUGUCCACCAGGCUUACCAUCAAAUUUCCAACUGGAUCCCUGCAUGAAAGCAUCAUUAGAUUUGAGUGCAAAAUAUCUGGUUCUUUCUGAUAUUAGGAGAAAGGUGCUGUAUGUGUUACAAAUACAUCAGGAGAGCGACUCUAAUGCAGCCCAUAUCAGCUCCAUUUCCGAAUUUCUGCUAGCCCAGCCUUGCCUUAGCUUUGCUAUUAUGGAUGCCAGCAAGAAAAAGUUCAAAAAAUCUAUUGUAGAGGACGAUUCUCACCUGGAUGACAUCACCACAGGUGAACUUGAGCGCGAGGAAAACGAAGAGGGUGACUGUAACAAAGUUGACGGCAGUACAACGUCGGGUGUCCAGAUUAAACUUUACACUGUACACCCUAAAACCCUACAAGAGUUACAAAUACGUUUCCGUCCAGAGUCGUCGGCACCGCCUUUACCCACCCCAUCAGUUAGCACCAUCUCUCAUGACGACACAGGAAAGCGUAGAAUGAAGGGGCUACAAGACGGCCUGUCGGACAUGAGCGUCAGCCUGGAGAUGAGCGUGACAGACGUUGAGAGCAGUAAGGAAGGCCUUGUAUCAGGACAGCCUGCUCCAGUCCUCCUCACCCCGGAUGUCUUCAAAGCGAGUCCGAGGAAGGUGACCCCGUCUGACAGCAGUAUCCUGGAACCUGUCCGAGUGAGUGCCGGGUCCAGUACAAGUAGCUUCACUCAUGUCACUGGACUUAACGAAGACUUCAUGUCGCCUCGUAGCUCUGGAGAUCAGUCCGAUAUCACACCAACCCAGACCCCUAAGGAUAUUACACCCGGACGAGUCAAUGCCGAACUCACACCUGGACGAGUCAACGGUGAACUCACACCUGGACGAGUCAAUGCCGAACUCACACCUGGACGAGUCAACGCCGAACUCACACCUGGACUAGUCAAUGCAGAGCUCACACCCGGCUCGGUCCCGCUGCCACCGAUUACCAACGCAGAGGAGCGAGAACUACAAACUCCAAAGUCAAAAGAGUCGCUCAAUUCUUCAGGGGAGGUAACUCCAAAGGCUGAAAACAGACUAGCUAAUGUGUGUAUUGAUGACCUGUUUGAUACUCAGGAUAGUAAUGGUAGACCUAUAGUUGGGAGAACAUUUGACAGCACCAGCAGUACGACAGGUUUUGAUGUGAACGACAUCGUGGGCCCCAAGCACUCUAGUUCUAAAGAGUACGAUGAAGACGAUGAAGAGGUGGCAGAGGUUCUAGGUGAGACGAUUGAGGAAGAGGAGGAUGGUAAGGAGAUGACAAUGGAAGGUACACAGCCGUUCGUAGAGCAGGGUACACAGUCCUCACAGGGUGACGGUGAAAGUCAGCAGGUACUGAGGGCGUGGCCACGCCCACCUGAUGUAAACACGGAGAGCCAGCCACUCCCACAGGAGAGCUAUGCAGAUGAAGAGGAGGGCGAUGACGAUGUUCAGGUGGAGGGAGAGGAAAUCUGCGAGGAAGAGGAAGAAGAGGAUGACAUUGUAAACCGUGAGCAGAAAGAAGGGGACGCACAGAACCAGACGCAGGAUGAGAGCAGUGAGGAAAUCGAGGAGCAGAUAGAGGAACAUUCGGGAGAGUCUGAACACAACAGUCCAAAGGAAGCUCCUGUGUUGAAAGCUGCAGAAAGACAUAGCAUUUCAUCUCCAAGAGAGGUUCCUGUACCUGUCCGAGAAAUACACAGAGAGAUUAUCCGGGAAGUCAUCGACAAGAAAUCUUUGUCCCAGCUGCAGGACAACCUACAAAGUGUGCUGGUGGCCCUGGAGGCUCAGAACAGCCAGAUACAGCGGUUACAGGAUCAGCUGGCAGAACAGCAAGAACAACAGGCCGAGUUACAGCGACAGCAGAUCGAGAUGGAACAGCUCCGACAGAUAGACAGACAGCAGCCUCAGCCAAACAUAGAGGAACAUCUGGGCAAGCUUGAGUCCAUAGUUACCUCGCGCGUGGAGCGAAUGUUCAGUCAACAUGCCAUGAAAGAAAACCAGCGGAUACAGGAUUUAUUACAGCAGACAGAACGCCGCGACCAGCAUCGGCAGGACAAGUUACAGCAAGCUAUCACACAGACGGUCAACCAAGCGGUUCAACACAACCUGGAAAAGCAGGUCAAGGCCGAGAUGAGGAACAAUGUGGUGCCUAAUGUGAGCAAAAUCUUAGAACCAAUUAAGGAUCAGUUUCACCAGGAUAUGGCUCAGAAACUAACGGCCACCGAUGCUCUUCUUAAGGACAACAUCAGCAAGAUGGUGCGAUCUAGGCAAACUGUGGAUGCUAUAGGUAUGGCAGCGGGUAACGCCCUACAGACUCCAAUACAAGUGGCUUAUAGAGAGGCUUUCCAAAAUAUCGUAAUACCAAACUUCGAGCGUAGCACACAAAACAUGUUCCAGCAGAUAAACGAAACAUUUACGAAAGGAUCGAGAGAAUACAUCAAACAUUUGGACACACACUUAGACCAGAUUAAGCAGAAACACUUGGAGGCACGGGACCCCGUGGUGGGACAGCUGAAACAGUUGACAGACUCGUUCAGGACGUCCGCGGAUUCCAUGCAAACUGCUGUGAUGUCAACUCUACAGGGUCAAAUUCACACAGAUAUGGAAAAAUCAAUGACUAGUUUGCAGGAUCGAGUCGUCCAGUUCGUACGACAGGCUGUGAAAGAGGAGGUCAGUAUAGCAGUACGAGAGCAGGGUGCUAGUAUCAGCGAUAGUGUGCUAUCAGCAAUGAGGUCAGGCGCCGUGACCCCUAUACAGGUGACCCCUGACCCCCACCAGGCCCAGGCACAGAUUCUACAGCUGCUUCGUCAAGGUCAACUCAACGCAGCUUUCCAAGAGGCAUUGUCAGCAUCCAACCUGGACCUAGUAAUGUUUGUUUGUGAAACAGUAAACCCCCAACAAGUAUUCAACCAGACGCCCUGCCCUCUACAGCAGCCCGUCCUUCUCUCACUCAUACAACAGUUGUCAGCGGACUUGGCCAACAGUACAGAGCUCAAGCAUAAGUACCUAGAGGAAGCAGUGAUGAACUUGGACAUGUCCAACAAUGUCACCAGGGAGCAUCUGAAGGGAGUGUUAUAUGGACUGAUACAAAAACUCAAGACCUACAUCGCCAGUCACCCAAACGCAAAAACUACUCGCUCACUCAAGAUGCUGCAGAUGGCUUCAGAAUCUCUGUUGAAAUAGAAGACAUUGUUAGGGAUAAGAAAUGUGUCUGGGUUGUAACAAAUAUGAUCAACUCUAAUUAGGAAAGUCUUCUCACAGUAUGGUCAUCCACCUUGGUGGUGUGGAAUUUGUCAUGUGUGGUCUCUCACUGCUGGGAGAUGUGUGGACUAUGUCAUCAAAAUGUGUGGUCCUCUCACUUGGAAGAUGUGUGGACUAUGUCAUCAAAAUGUGUGGUCCUCUCACUUGGAGCUGUGUGGAAUUUGUCAUAAAAAAAUGUGUAGUCCUCUCACUGGAAGAUGUGUGGACUAUGUCAUCAAAAUGUGUGGUCCUCUCAUUUGGAGAUGUGUGGACUAUGUCAUCAAAAGGUGUGGUCCUCUCAUUUGGAGAUGUGUGGACUAUGUCAUCGAAAGGUGUUGUCCUCUCACUGGGAAGUGUGUGCAUACACUUUGUCAUCACAUGGUGAUCACUGAAAAUGUGUGUAUCAUGUCAUCACAUAGUGUGCUCACCUCCCAUUGAAAUGUGUGUACUCGGUCAUCUGAGAUGUAGACUAGGGAUUGUCUUCAAAUAAGAACAUAUACACAGAAAUGGGGUUGUCUCCCUAACUGGAUACAGUAUAAAUCACACCCUCUCCAUGUCUCGAUGAUAAGAUGUUAUUGUAAUUAUUUAUGGAGAAUCAAAUACCAGCACAGCCGGGUGCCUCGUUGAUAACACCAUUAACACAACCCCUGGUGGUGACAGACUCAAAACAAGUCUGUUUAUAGAUUUGUCUAUUUCUAAACAAAUUAUCGAGUUUUGAACUGUUUUAGGUUAAGUCUGAUUUUAAGCCCACCAUGUAUCUAUGUACGGUUAUUUGUCAGUAGAGCGGACUUAUAUAAUGUACACCCAGUUCAUGACCUCUGUUUUCAUUACAGCUAUUAGCUUACCACCUGUAAAAAUCGUGCUCCAUCGGUGUGAUUUGAACCUUGGCUCGAUCAAAUCCUGUUACAAAUCCAACAAUGCUGCUAUAUAUAAGUUUCCUAUUAACUUUCCACUGCUUAUAGAGGUUGCAAAAUGUGUCAAAUUGACAGCAAUUUUAUGUAUUGUAGAUUAUAUAAUGCUGUCAGAUAUUGGGUGGAUUAAUCAAGAGUUAAUUAAUUCCACCGGAAAAUGUGUAAACUAGUUGCCAUAUAUAGCUACCCCAUGUUAUAAUGUAAAAUCACAUCAUUUCGUCACAAUUAUGAAAAUUGUCACAUAUCUGAACAGCUUGUAUAUAUAUACACUGUAUAUUGAAAACAAAAGUAAAGUUAUACUGAGUUUUCUUCACCUGGCACAGAAAAAUUUAUUUAAUUUUUUGCCAACUUUUUUAACAGGUUUUGAGUCAUCUUUGUAAAGAUUGAUGUACAAGAUGAAAGAGAAGAGAAGUGUGAAAUAACUUUUUUUAGGGGAAGCUUAAAAGGUGGCAUUUAUAUUCAUUUUUAGGGGAAGGGGGCAUUUAUUUUUUUAUUUUUUAGGGGAAGGGGACCUUUAUUUUCAUUUUUUCAUGAGUUAUACUCUAAAAUAUGUUGAAGAUUUAACAUUAAAGCAUUGUUUUCAUAAUUGUAAUAUGCACAAGUCCUGAUAAUGGCAUUUAGAAUAGAAAAUAUUAAAAUAUCAAUAAUAAACACAUGUAAAAUGAUAGGUUUAAUCUAUUGUAUACUAUGAGUUAGGAUUUCAUGCUAAAGUGCUUUAGAAUGAUAUGGGGAUUUUAGUUACAUCCAUGUAUCAAAUAGAAGCCAAAUAUACACAAAAUGGAUUUUUCAUGAAAACCACAAUUCGAGCUACACAAAAAAAAAUCUGAUUUUGUGAUUCACUGGAAUUUCAGCAUGUGCAUUUUCUAUCAUAAAACAUACAGAUUAGUCCUAAAAUAGAUUUGAUCAUUGUACCAGAAUACUGUAAACAGAUAUUUUUAGUGGUAAUCUUAUUUUUUUUGCUGAAGGCAUCACGCUUAAUUCUAAUGGUGCUAAAAAAUUAAACUUUCUACAAUAUUGAUUUCUGUGGCAGAUAUUUUUAUGUGUGCUAAUUCGUUAUUGCUCAUAUCCAUUCAAAUUAGGUAAUGCACUACAAAUUCCAGCACUCAAAAUUCAAACAUGAGCAUGUUGCACUCUAAUAUACUAUAUAUAUGACUCAUGAUUACCAUACAACAAUAUCUCGACUUCAGUAACAUGUUAAUAUUCAUUAUGUAGAAAAUACUGCUCUAAAGCGAAUCCCUGCUAGGUUUCUCUGUUGCUUACAAGAAGCCGAAAGAUACAAAAUGUAGUAACUUAAGUGUUUCAUAGGCUUUCAAAUAAGAAAUUAGGUUUCAAAUACAUAAUUAAACUCUGUGCACUUUUGAUAAUUGCAUGACGAAGAUCAUUAUUGAGUUAUUACACGAGUAGUACCAUCUUGAUACAACGUCCAUAAGCAAUGAGCUUGUUGUAUAGGAAUUUUGAUUGAUAUGUACAAGAAGUUAUGAGACAGUUAUUGGGCAUGUGUUUGUAGGCCAUGAAACCUGGGAAGGGGAGGGGGGUGUCCUUCAUAUGGCAAAGGAAAACUAAAUGUGUGAUUGCCAGGAAUUCAAAGCAAAAAGAAAUUUAAGUGCAAACCUGAUCUUCAUGGCAAAUGUUUUUGUUGUAAGCUCCGUAAAGUUUGAUAUAAGUUGAUGUAUAUAUCACGAUCCUAAAAAUUAUAUUCUUUGAAAAAAAAAAAAAAAAAAA